AUGCCACCCAAGUCGGCCGUCAUCGCUGAGCGACUCAAGAAAGAGUUUGCAGCUCAAAAGACCCGUGCCGAAGCUCUUAAGCAUCUACAGGCCACUGGUAGCGGUCCGAGCCAGCGAGAAUUGACUCAGCAGCAGCAACUUCGACAGAGACAGGUAGCCAAUGCCACGUCUUGUGUGGCACAGCGUCGUGUGGGUGGUGGACAGCCUCAGGAGAUGUCAGCAGCUGACAAAUUUGACCCUCGAGUGAGAGAUAAUACGCUGCAUGCAGUGGCAUUGCGGCGUGCACAGGAGCUUCAGAAGACGCACCAGAUCGAGCAGAUGACGGAGCGUUAUCGACUCGAACCGAGAACGACAGAAUAUAACGCCCUACAUCAAGAAUGGCAAGAAGUGGUAGAUCCCGUCUCGGGCGACUCGUACUUUUGGAACGAGGCAACCAACAAGACGGUGUGGGAGCGACCUAGAAGUUCGACAAUUCAGACAAAUAGUGUGGAAGCUGUUGAUUCCAAUACUGGUGACGGGCAAUUGGCUGUUGGAUGGAAAGAAGUGCCUGAUGCGACGAGCGGUGAUGUUUACUAUUGGAACCAAAUGACGAACGAGACGACGUGGACACGACCUGUUGCACGGAGUGUGUCAUUAGGCCAAGCUAUUGAGGCGAAAGCAAAGCUUGACAGUAUUUUGAAAAAAUGUGGAAAGACUAAACCAGCCAAAGCACAUUCGAGCGCAAGUGUGAGGUCAGACGAUAAAGCGACUAGUGACAUAUCGCCCUCAGCUAGCCGUGAUGCAGCUUCAAAUUCUUCGUCGUCUAAACGACCUGCUCCAACGAUCGAGCGUCCUAAAGACUACGCAAGCAAGCGACGAAAGCAGUCUGGACUUGAUCAUGGUGCUAUUGAUCCGAUGGACCCAACUGGUACAGGCGGGAAGUGGUCCGAGGGGAUUGAGCACGCCUAA